GGGAUAGAAAGGCUAAUUUCUCCUUUUGUCCAUUUAUUUCAAGUAGAUACACAUUAAUAGCUAGAAUAUUCUAAAACUAAAAAUAUAAGAUUAAAAAAACAAAAGCUGAAAAUAUUUGGAAAUAUGUAUAGGAUCAUUUACAAUGUUCAAAAAGUGCAAUAUUCAUUAUUGUUGUUGUCAUUGGCAGUAACAUAUUUAUUUUCAAUGUGUUCCUUUAAGCAGAGCGGUUUAUAUCCGUGGUGUAUUUAAGGUUCGCUCCUGACCCCAUUUUCUUUCUCCUUUCAAAUGUUAGAACAGCCAGGGGAAGCAGAUAACCUAUAGGCUACAAGGACUGUCAAGGGUUUUAGCCUAAUGCAAUAUGCUCAUCCAGAGAGGUUGCUCUCUGUUUAAAAACAGCACACAAGACUGUUCAUGUACAGUUGGAAUUCAGCAGAGUCGUCCUCUCACCACCUUCGCAUAUUUUACGCGCACCGUUGUCUCCACGUCUCCAAAAGCACAAACAUGAUUAUCUAGGAGGUGCCGGUAUCAUGUCAAAAUAUAUUAAGCUUCACCUCUGACGGACAUACUGGGAGACUUUGAUUUGGCUGCGGCUAUCAGAGCAUGAAUUCGCUCUGAUCCAAUAAUCUCGCUGGUGAAGAGAAGAGCGUCAACCGCGUGACUGAGCUCCGCGCGUUCACGUGGAACCUAUAAACAGUCGUGGCGCGCAGAGCCGGUGAGUAGUCGUGGAGAGGGGAGAAGAGGAUCCUCGUGGCGGAGGAUAGCGUCCACAGCGCUGUGUGAGAUAACCUGACAGAGAUACAACAUCAGUGCUCAGAAUGUAUUCAUCACAAACUUUCUUUUUCUGUCUUUUGUGACACACAACUGUCCAAAGGUGAUAUGUGGGCAAGAGAGUCCGGCCAUGCAGCUGAAUGAGACUGGAGUUCAAACACUGGCUCCAGAGCCAUGUGAGCAGCAAUUACCACAGGAGGAAAAUGCUGGAAACUGUAGCGGAGGUUCCACCAGCAACCUGUCGCUGCACUGCUGGCUGCAGCUCCUCACCAAGGAAUCCAUCAUGGAAUAUCAAGGAGACAGCUCAAGCCUGGUGGUGCGUGUGAUGAUAGCAUGUGUCUACUCUAUAGUCUGUGCACUUGGGCUGGUAGGGAACUCGCUGGCUCUGUAUCUGCUGCACUCACGUUACAGGCAGAAGCAAUCAUCCAUCAACUGCUUUGUGAUGGGACUGGCUAUCACAGACCUCCAGUUUGUCCUGACUUUACCUUUCUGGGCCGUGGACACAGCCCUGGACUUCCGCUGGCCGUUUGGCCGUGUGAUGUGCAAAAUCAUCAGCUCUGUCACCACGAUGAACAUGUACGCCAGUGUGUUCUUCCUCACAGCUAUGAGCGUGGCGCGUUAUUACUCUAUCUCCUCUGCGCUGAAGAUGCACAGCCGGCGGGCGGCAGCCGCCAGGGCCAAGUGGACGAGCCUGGGCAUCUGGGCUGUCUCUCUGCUGGCCACUUUGCCGCAUGCCAUCUACUCCACCAGUGUCCAGGUGUCAGAUGAGGAGCUUUGCUUGGUGCGCUUCCCAGACUCAGGCAGCUGGGAUCCACAGCUUCUUUUGGGUCUAUACCAGCUGCAAAAGGUCCUGCUGGGUUUCCUUAUUCCUCUGAUCAUAAUCACUGUCUGCUACCUGCUGCUACUGCGCUUCCUCCUCAGCCGGCGCAUCACAGGUGCAGCGGGUCCAGAGGUUGAGCAGGGCCGGCAAAGUCGCCGCUCCAAAGUGACCAAAUCCAUUGUCAUCGUGGUUCUGUCCUUCUUUCUGUGCUGGCUUCCCAAUCAGGGGCUCACACUGUGGGGAGUACUCAUAAAGUUUGACCUUGUGCCCUUCAGCAAGGCUUUCUACAAUGCACAGGCCUAUGCCUUCCCCCUGACUGUGUGUUUGGCACACACCAACAGCUGCCUCAACCCCGUGCUCUACUGCCUGAUUCGCCAGGAGUUUCGGGCAGGUCUCAAGGAGCUUCUCCUCCAUGCCACGCCAUCCUUCAGGAGCCUGACUCACAUGCUGCGUCGCAAGGGUAAAGUGGCUGAGGCACCGCCUGUUCUGGUUCUGGUGCAAAUGGACGUCUGAUAUGGAUGACUGGCUUACUGUACUUAAGACAAUAAUUGAAAGCUUCCUAUAGUACUAGAUUUGCAGUUGUUCAUGAUAGUGCAUCUCAACCCUGUCAACACAGAAAAUCAAUUAUCUUUUUGGCUUUUGAAAACAUCACAAUCAUAGUGGACUACACAGUGGGAUGUGCCCCACUUUCACUGCUGGCUUACGAUUUACUCUGCUGCAAAUUUUAUACAGUGACUCUAUUUCUCUCUCUUGCCAUAUAGUAUGUCUCUCUCUUUCUCUCUCUCUCUCUCUGCCAGACAAUACGUGUGCUGCUCUCUGGUAAGCUUAGUUAAAUCUAAUAGUAAACCUCAAUUAACAUUUGCCACAGCAUCGGCAUCAUGAGUGGGAUUAAGCAUUCUUUACUCUCAGUGCAUGAGUACCUUUCUGAUAAAACUCUCGAGGGAUUUGCUUGGAUGAAACUAGACUAAGUCAUGACCGAGAUGCUUUAAAAAAGGUUUGAGAAGGUUUCCCAGUGCGCUGGCCAGUAUGUUUUUUGUUCUAAUGUGCAUUUGUGUACAUUCUAUACAGUAAAAGCAAACUGAAAAACAAUCUACCUAAACCAAUAAUUAAAAAGUAGACUAAUAGUGAAUAAUAGUAUUUUCUAAAGACAAUGAAAGAGUAAGAUUUUUGAAGAGCCUAAUGGUAUGUACUUUUUGAAAGCUGAGAAAAUGGCAAGGUCAAGCAGUGUACAACAUCUAUUCAGUGUAUUUAGGAGAAAUAAAUGGCAUAAUCAUUGUUUGCUGAAUUGUCUUGGGGAAAAGAUUCAUGCCUGAAAUCAUUAAAAAAAGGUACAAGUACUUCAACACAUUUCAUGUCCUUUUCCAAGGUAAGACAAUCUGACAUGAUACAUCAAAGGGUUCAGUAUAAUGAGUGUGUAGUUUGUGAGAUGAAUGCUGUUCCUGAGGAAACCUAUAAGGAUCAAGAGUGGAAGUGAUUCCAGUGAGAUUUUUACUCCUGUGCAACAAACCUUCCAUUGCGCAUAAACUGUAUUAUGCAUCAGCCUUUCUCUGUUAAAUUACAGUUAUGUAUAUUGAAGAAGAAAAAGUGACGCAAUAAUGUUACCUUCUGUGAAUAUGUUGUCUCUCUGUUUUCUAUCUUGUCUGUGACUAUAAUUAUGAUCUUUUAAAGAAGACGUUGGUUGAUUUGAUGUUUUAAUGGAAAAUUAUAUCGAUUGAGACACUGUAAACUAAACAAACAAAAGAUGAAAUUAAAAGCUUUCAGCUUGAACUUUUUGAAAUAACCGGGCUAGGCCAAGUUAGAAAUCAGAGUAUACAUGGGCAGAUUAAUUAGUUUGAAAAAUAAUGUGGGACUAAUGUUUUUAACAAGCUUGUAACACAGGGGGCAUCAGUUGAUAGACAGACCCACUCCUCUUUGCUUUUAUUAAUGGGAUUUCCUUUUCUCAUUCUGUUUGCACAGCACCUCUUCAACCACUAGCAACAUCAGCACUGCACUGCACAAAUAAUCUAGGAACAAAGGUGCUGACAAAAGUGCUGUUAACAAAAUUGCUGUCAGAUAGAAGGAAUAGCUUUUCUUAAUCCUCGCUGAUGAGCUGGAAUCAAAUGAGAAUUUGCUUUUCAGAUUUGAUCAAAGCUCCUGUGACAUGGAGUGACAAAGCAAACUCAAACACUUAACAUAUACAAUGUGGGGUCUUAUUUAUCUGCUUAGAAAUGUUCUUUCAAAAGUUUUGUGCAACAUUAAGUUUUAUGCUUUACUCCUCUAGAGAGUUCUCUGGUUAGUGACUGGAUGAAUUCUAUGCAUGGUCAUGAAAUAUUAUAUAUGAUUGUUAUUAAAGCCCCCUCCACCCUGUAACUAGAUAAGCGGUUGACGAUGAGUGAGUGUUAUGAAAAGCCAUAGAACUAGUAGUCGAGUUGAAAAGUUACCAGGUCAGCCAGGACAAUUUGGGGAGAGUCAUGUAUAUUGGCACUACCCCAUCGUCUGCCGUCUGCCAAAUCAGUAAGUGUACUCCUAUCAAAGGGUUCUAGCUGGUGGCUAAGGUGUCUAAGGCAGUUGUGCUUGAGAUGCUCAACAGGUUCAACUGCUCCAAAGUAACUGGUUUUAAUAAUAUUCCUGCAAGAUUCUUAAGAGAUGCGACUGAAAUCAUCAAUCCAUGCAUCACCCAUAUUGUAAAUCUAUCUAUUGAGCAAGGUCUUUUCCCCAGUGAUCUUAAACUUGUUAGAGUGAUUCCUCUGUAUACAAGAAAGGAAAUAAUCACGGAAAGUAUAGUCCUGUUUCAGUAUUGUAUAUUGUGAUAAGAUUUUUUAUACAGAUUGAGAACUACCUGUCCUUACACAAUUUACUGUAUGACAUUUUAGUCAUACAUUGAGACAUUUUCGUCAACUAUCUUGAUGGCUGCCACUGAUGUGGUACUGUUUCUGUUGAAUCUGCUAUCACUUCAGUAUUAAAUCAACUGGACAGUAUUUUUUCUCUAUAUAACAGUCAACUGCGCUUAAGCUGUUGCAUGUUGAUAAGGAAGAUGUCCUUGACAAAACUGACAAUGCCUCAUCCUAGGUCUACAGAUUGUGGGAUCCCACAAGGAUGUGAAGUCUGUCACUUCAUGUGAACUCUUUAAAUGCAGAUGACAGUACUGGUUUCCCAUAAAUACUAAAGCAAGGCACACUGAGUACAAAACCUCUUAAUGUCAGCAAGUGGAUGACAGAUAAUAAGUUGUCACUCUAUUUAGGAAAUGCAGAAUCCCAUAAUGUUUGGGUCAAUGAGAAUUUAAAAGUCCCCUGGUUUUAACAUUGUUGUUGGUAACACCGAUAUAUAUAUAUAGAUAGAUAGAUAGAUAGAUAGACAUGCUUCAUAGCCAGAAUUUUUGGACAGAAAAGCGAUGGUAACCCUGGCAGGAGCUUUUGUCCAGUCUUAUUUUGACCAUGCCUGCUGUUUAUGGUACGAUGACCUCUCAAAUAGGGUAAUUAUGAAUCUCUCCAUUAGAACUCACCUUGACCUUUCUCAUUCUGAGAGCCUUGGGUGGCUAAAAGUACAGGAAAGAGUCUCUUAGGUCUAGUUGUGCAUUGUACAUAAGAUUGAGCAUGGUGCUGUCCCUCAAUACCUAAAAAAUAUUUCAUACAGGUGAGGGAUGUUUGCAGCUAUUCAACAAGAGGCAGUUCAACUGAUUUUGUUCCUCCAAAGAUUAGGGGUAACCUGGGUAAGGAAACUCUUCUGUACAUGGCAGUGAAUCUGUUGAAUAAAAUCCCAGGAAAUCUUAAAAUCUUAAGCAGCUUGGGAGGUUUCAAGUUGGUGCUUAAGAAUUGGCUCAGAGGCUACUCACAGUAGGAUAUUGUGUCUGACAAUAGGGUGUCUUUCUUUGUUUAUGAUGUUGUUUAUUUUAAUUAAUAUGUACAGGCCCAGACUUAUAUAAUCUGCUGACAGGGUGGUGAAGUAAUGUUGAUAUAUUGAUGUAUUUAUUUCUGAUGUAAAUUAAUGAACUGAGUGAAGAGUAGGACAUUUUCCAGUGAAAGCACUGAGGUAGAAAUUGAUGUUGUUACAGUAAUACAGUGAAUAACUUGCUGACAGUGUAGGCACAGGUGAUGAUUGUAUUAAAUUGUAUAGUAUUAUUGUGUUGAUGUUUUUUGUGUCAUUCUUGCCAUGUCAGACCUGCCAAUUUGACACCUGCACACACCCCCAUCUUCAAUGGGGCCACUGUAUUGUGUUAUCCUUACUUUCCUUUUAUGUGAGCACUCACUGUCCUGAC